AUGACCAUCCCCCAGCAACGACGGAAGUGGUACUACCUUCAAUGGUUUGCAGAUACCGAUGCCAAGGAAGAGAGGCAGCUCAUUCUGAAGCUGGACUUGUUAAUUGUUCCCUAUGCAUUCCUUGCGUAUUGGACAAAGUACAUCGACCAGGCGAAUAUCAACAAUGCCUAUGUCUCUGGUCUCAAAGAGGACCUCAACUUGCAGGGAAAUGACCUAGUUCAACUGCAGACCAUAUACACAAUCGGGGCGGUCGUGGGGCAGAUUCCCUUCGGCUUCUUAUUCACCAAGCUCCCAAUGUAUUGGUUGAUUCCGUUUAUGGACAUUGCCUGGGGCAUUUUCACGCUGCUCCAGUACCGAGCCUCUUCAUAUGCGGAGAUGGCCGCUUAUCGCUUUCUGGUCGGGUGGUUUGAAGUGGGUGACAAGAUCCUAUCCAAUGGCUCAUGGUAUCGCUCCGACGAGAUCUCCAGAAGGGGAGGAUGUUUCUACGUUGGCUUGACCCUUGGCACAAUGACGGCCAGUUUAAUCCAAUCCGGGGCAUCUGGUCGUCUGGAUGGUGUCAAUGGUCUCGCGGGUUGGCGCUGGAUGUUCAUCCUUUGUGCAAUCAUCACCAUCCCCAUUGCCAUAAUGGGUUACUUGUUCCUGCCAGGCACUCCAGACAAACCCAACCGACUAAUCCUGAAGGAAGAGGACAUCCAGCUCGCCCAGAAACGCCUUGAGCGUGCCUCGCAUGGUACCAAAGAAGAAGUUCUUUCCUGGCGUAUAUUCACCAGGCUCUUCCGAAACUGGCGGUUUUGGGCCAUGCUCUGGCUAGAUAUUCUUUUCUGGAAUGGCAGUGUCAAUACCACAACUGGCGGAUACCAACUGUGGCUGAAAAGUCUGAACCGGUAUUCGACUAGCAGGCUGAACGAGCUAGCCGCCAUCUCUCCGGGACUAGGUAUGUUCUACACGCUCGUGAUCUGCUUCGCCUCAGAUCUGCUUCUUGGCCCUGCUUGGGCCAUCACCGUUGCCCAUAUCUGGAACAUUAUCGGCUGCAUUAUCUUGGUGAUUUGGACUGUGCCCGAGUCGGCGCUGUGGUUUGCUUUCCUUACCACUUUCUCUGCUGUGGCCAUGUCCAGUGUCCUCUACGGCUGGAUUAAUACCCAGUUGCGCGCCUCGCCUGUUGAGCGUGCGUUAACUCUCGUCACUGUUAAUGCUCUCGCUCAGUCUACGACAGCCUGGACUCCGCUGUUGGUGUUUAAGACUGUUGAGGCGCCGCGCUUUACCAAGGGCUAUUCGUUUGUCCUGGGCAACGCUAUCUGUUUGAUUGCUUUGGCUCAUGUGAUUCAACAUUUUAUCUCACGCGAGGAGAAACAGGCUGCCAACAGGAACAGUCUUGCUGGAUCUACUUCUGGAGACUCGAAUCAAUUGGAAUCUGGGGUUGGCACAGAUAAUUUACAGGAGAAGGAAGAGCAGAAGUUAUGA